GUUUAAUGACAGUCGGUCGAGAAAAGUCCACGUCAACCGGUCGAUUAGUUUUGCGGCCGCGCGAUCCGCGUUUUAUAUUAUCGCGCCCCGUCGUAUAUUUAUAAAAUAUUAUCGAUGCGCGUGCACCGUUGAAAAGUGCGGAAAAGUGCGCGGCUCGACGCCCGGAAUGAUUUAUUGGAGACGCGCUGCGCUUUUCGCGAUGGGGGGAAAAAGUCUCAGAUUCUAGCAGCGAUCGCAAAAUGGCGUCAUCCCAACGCACGUGACAAUAAGUGAAGGACCGCAACUGAGAAUUGUCAAAAAUAAUUUUUAAAAAAUUGCCAACAGUUGAAAAAAUUGUCGAAAUGCACCACCAACCUCAGUUCCUGCAGAAAGACUCUUCCGGUUCGCAAAUGGACUCGACUUCAGUGUCGUAUCACGCCCAGUUUAGCUAUGGGAGCAAUGAGAACUGGACCUACAAUAAUUCCAGUGUCACACCGAUGAAACAAAUUGAAGCUUGUUUGCAAAGCGCUGGCAAAGACAGAAAAGCGUAUUCGCCUUUAGAUCAAGCAGAGGCUCUUUCCCUAGAGCAAGACAACGACAGAUCGGAUAAUAACAAUAGGACCAAUACGCACAACAAAAAUCACAGUAGCGUUAACUCGAUAUCGCCGGCGUUGGGGAACGCGGGCGCCAUCUUGGAAAUGAAACACCUAUGGGACGAGUUCCACUCGUUGGGCACGGAAAUGAUCGUAACGAAAGCAGGCAGGCGAAUGUUCCCGACGUUUCAGGUGAAACUGUGCGGCUUGGAUUUACAUUCCGAGUACAUGCUGAUGAUGGACUUCGUACCUGUCGACGACAAGCGAUACCGCUACGCCUUCCACAGUUCCAGUUGGGUGGUGGCGGGCAAAGCGGACCCCGUCUCGCCCCCCCGAAUCCACGUGCAUCCCGACAGCCCCGCCACCGGCGCCCAGUGGAUGAAACAGACCGUCUCUUUCGAUAAACUCAAACUGACCAACAACCAGCUGGACGAUAACGGACACAUCAUACUGAACUCGAUGCACAGAUACCAGCCGCGAUUCCACAUAGUCUUCUUACCUCCGAAAAGCGCUCAAAAUACCAACGAGGAAAGUUGUUCGGAUAAUUUCAAAACGUUUGUUUUUCCGGAGACCGCGUUUACCGCAGUAACGGCUUACCAGAACCACAGGAUAACGCAGCUGAAAAUAGCUAGCAACCCCUUCGCUAAGGGUUUUCGCGACUGCGAUCCCGACGACGGGAGUCAAGAAGUUGCGGCUCAACAGAGGCAACGGACAACGUCCAGGUCUACCCCAAACAGCUGCGGAGCUAAAGACGACGAUUCCGACCAACACAACCCCGUCCAGCACCAAUCGGAGGCCGUCCACAACCCCCACCCCUCGAUGCUGUUCCAAAACCGUUACCAAAACAACAACCAGACGUCUACGUCAUCGAUCCUGCAGUCGAACCUUUUAGGUGCGGGGCUGAGCUCGAUCGCACAACCCUAUCCCGCGGAAAUUUGCAACUACGGCCCCGUUUACCACCCCCACAACAUCCUGCACAACUACAACCCCGUCUACAGCAAUGACAAGGGGAUGAGAACGCCAAAUUUCAGUCGCGGCAUGUACGGCAGCUAUCAGGGAUUCUACGGGAAUAACGGAAAUUUCAGGAGUACGUCCCUGUCCGCCGCGCAUCAGAACGGUGGUUGCCGACCCUUUUUCAGAAAGAAAAUCGCAAACAAAUUAAAGUGCCAAAAAUGUAGCUACUAAGUUAAAACCACAGAGAAAGCUAAUACAGAAGAGACUCCGUAGUAAAUACCAGCUGCAGCUAAUUUUCUGGCGUUGGGCAGGAAAUUUAAAUAAAUCAUUGGUUAAAUAAUAUUUAAUAAAGUUAUAUUAGAAUUAUAGAGAAAAUUAUUAAAAAUAAAAACAUAAAACCCCAACAAAAAUAAUAUUUUUUAUGUUUGUUUUGUUGUUUAUUGGUAGUUAUAGAAACACAUCAUAACUGAAAAAUAAAUAAUAAUAAUAAUAGAUAAUAAAAAAUAAAACAAAUACCCGCCCAUUAUAUGCACUUUGUCUCAAAGUAUGGCGUCACGUUUGCUUUUGAUGGCCUAAACAAUACCUGACCAGACUUUUAAGGUGUUUUAAUAAUAUAAGAAAUAAAUGUUACCUUUAUUUAGUAUAUAUUAUAUAACCAACCAGAAAAAGAAUAGAAAGAAUAAAAAGAACAAAAAGUAAAAUAAUAUAAUACAUAAUGUCAAAAUCAGUUAUAUUAUUAAUAAAAUUUUCCAUUACAUUUAUUACACUACAUACAUUUCAUUUUAGUAUAAAUGUUUAAGUAGUUGAAUGAUAUGGAGGAUAAAUAAAAAACAUAAACAAAAAAAUGACACACUUUACAUUUGCAUAUAUAAUAUAUACCGUUCAUAAAUAAUGAGACCAUAAAGUUAAUGAAUAUAAAUUA